AUGCCUGAGCUCACCAAAGAGUCUAAACAGCGUCUGCAGAAGGUCUUCAAAUGCGGCCAGUUCACAGUCCGCUGGGGCUUCGUCCCCCUCGUCCUCUACCUAGGUCAGUCAUUGUGUGUACACCGAAUAGCUGUGCUGGGGGAAGCGGAGCAGAGCCAGGUACACAUGGCCUGUCCUCAGCACAGCAGCUGUCUCUUGUCAGCAUGUAUUUGUGAUUUGUUUAUAGUGCCCCUGGAAUGUACACAGACUUCAGCCUUCCCAUACAUAACAAGUAGCAUGGGGCUGCUUCAUACCUCAUCCACCCAAUUACUGAGCCCCUUAGUGUGGCCUCCACUCACUGGAGAGGUGCCAAGGGGAGCCCCUGUACUGAUACCCUAG